AUCUGUGACAGUCACUCUGUUCUUUAUGCCUGAUUUUGAUUUCCGAAGUGCUCUUGUAACCUUGUCAAAAUAUAUUAUGGACGAAAUUGAAAAGGAAAAAAUAGCUGCUUUGCCGUCUCAAUUACUGGUGACGACAAUAUGUCAUCCUAUGGAAUAUGCGAAGGUCCUCAUCCAACUUGGUUACGAGCCACUUCCGCCGCGCCGGUCCACUACUCUCUUCGGCCGCCCUGCCAUGAUAUUACCUAACGUUUUCCAAUACAUCAAAUACAUCAAGCAAACAGACGGCUUUUUGGGUUGCUACAGAGGCCUUUCAGCAAGAGUGCUCGGGUUAAUUGCAUCCAGUCAACUUACAUCGAAGGUAAUAUACGCGUGUGGUAUCGACCUGCCAGAAAUCAAUGAUCCCCCCAACAUCAUCACGGAUGAAGAGCCGAAAGCGGAAGACUACAUCAAGCUCGGGCGCCGAGAUAUGAUCAUGCACACUGCCGCCGUUAUCGUAUCAUAUCCAUUCCAUGUUGUGUCAGUUAGAAUGAUGGCAUCUUUCAUUGGAAAAGAAGAAGAAUACUCCUCAUUGAUAGGCGCAAUAGUGUCUGUAUAUAGAGACGACGGAAUACGCGGCUUUUUCAACGGUAUAAUCCCUAAAUUGUUGGGAGAUUUAACUUGUGUUGCUGUCACAGGUGUACUGGCAUACUAUGUAAACAAAUAUUUGGUGAAAACUAAGGAUUUAAGAUAUUACACUGUUCCAUUGCUAACAUUCGUAACAAGUACUGUUACUUAUCCGCUAGUAGUGGUGUCUACUUGCAUGGCUGUGGCUGGAUGUAGUCUGAAAGCAGGAAACCCGCCGCACAUGCCUAAAUACCCGUCAUGGCAAUGCUGCUGGAGAGACCUCGUAAGAAAUAAGCAGCACAAACGUGGCUCAUCCCUAAUCUUUAGGUACUACAUCGCACCAAUUGCAGCCAUGCAGUAGGUGCACAAGUUCAAAAUUACUAUUGCAUUUAUCUAUUAGCCUUUAUUUGCUAAGUGUUGUUCCACUCUCACCAAAGUAGAUUUCAACCUCUUAAUAGAAAAAAGUAAGGUACAACAGAAUGUGUAAAUAAUUUAGGAUAAAUGGUGUAUCAUGUGGAUAUUCAUUCUGCUAGAUUGUUGAUUGAAUAUAUGGUUAUAAUAUUUAAAUAAAAUAAUUAAAUUAA